CAACAAAGUCAAACAUUCAGUGGACUGAGACGGAAGCUGACUAAUGGGUUGAGAGUAACAGAGGAUAUGCUGAGGUUUCAGUGACGGGGGAGUCACCUGGGAGAAUGCUCCUGAGCUCCACUAUAUAAGACUGAGCAGAUCAAGAGGGGACCAUGAAACGGCUUCAGAGAGAAGAAGGGCACCAAUCAGCGCACUUUACAAUCCUUCUCUUGGACACUCGACAGAAAGGAGCACAGAAGCUCAAACUAUGAAAAGCGCUCACUCUUUGGCUGGAGUCCUGCUCCUCAUCAUGAUCCAAAGCAGCUGGCAAAUGCCUGACCAGGACACAGACCAAAACCCCAUUUUAUUGGCGGAAAACUCCAUGAUGGCCGAACCCAUUGAGCUCCCAAACAUGAAGAGACAUUCAGAGGGAACAUUUUCCAAUGACUACAGCAAAUAUCUGGAGACGAGAAGAGCACAAGACUUUGUUCAGUGGCUAAAGAACUCAAAAAGGAAUGGGAGCCUAUUUAGACGCCAUGCAGACGGCACCUACACCAGUGACGUGAGCUCCUACCUGCAGGACCUGGCAGCCAAGGAGUUUGUGUCCUGGCUGAAGACUGGCCGAGGCAGAAGAGAGUAAAUUCAACCUACAUCUCCCUAAAUAAUGCAACUAUUCACACUGACCCUGUGCUAUUAUAUGUUUCACAAUCUGUACUUGUCUUUUUCUUGGUCAUGCUAUUAAAUUCCCCUCAUAAGAAGCCCUGUCAGCCUUCAGUGGUUGAAGGAAAUGUUUUCAAAAUGGGAAAAAAAAAAGUUACAGUAUGUUUGAAGUGUGUCUCAAUCAUAAAUGCUAUGUGACUUUUUUUUAUCAAGCAUUCACAUCAUGAUUCAUUUUUCACAUUUUUCAUUUUUCUUCUCACAU